CGCCCCGUCCCGCGCCCCGCAGCCCCGCAGUCCCGCGCCCGCCGCCGCCUCUUCAAUGGGCAACCUGCUCGGCGGGGUCAGCUUCCGCGAACCCACCACCGUGGAGGACUGCGACUCCACCUGGCAGACGGACUCGGAGCCCGAGCCCGAGGAGCCGGGGCCGGGUGGCGGCGGCGAGGGCCCGGGGCAGGAGCCCGAGCAGCCUGCGCAGCCCCCGGAGCGAGUCGGAGGGCGGCCCCGCGCCGGCCCCGCGCCGGACGAAGACGCCGAGGCGGCGGGCGCCGAGCAGGGUGGUGAUUCCACUGAAGCAACUACCAAACCAAAGAGAAGCUUUUAUGCUGCAAGGGACCUGUACAAAUAUCGACAUCAGUACCCACAGAACUUCAAAGAUAUCCGAUAUCAAAAUGACUUGAGUAAUCUUCGUUUUUAUAAGAAUAAAAUUCCAUUUAAGCCAGAUGGUGUUUACAUUGAAGAAGUUCUAAAUAAGUGGAAAGGAGAUUAUGAAAAGCUGGAGCACAACCACACUUAUAUUCAAUGGCUUUUCCCCCUGAGAGAACAAGGCUUGAACUUUUAUGCUAAAGAAUUAACUACAUAUGAAAUUGAGGAAUUCAAAAAAACAAAAGAAGCAAUUAAAAGAUUCCUCCUGGCUUAUAAGAUGAUGUUAGAGUUUUUUGGAAUAAAACUGGUUGAUAAAACUGGAAAUGUUGCUCGGGCCGUUAACUGGCAGGAAAGGUUUCAGCAUCUGAAUGAGUCCCAGCACAACUAUUUACGAAUCACUCGUAUUCUUAAAAGCCUUGGUGAGCUUGGAUAUGAAAGUUUUAAAUCUCCUCUUGUAAAAUUUAUUCUUCAUGAAGCCCUUGUGGAAAAUACUAUUCCCAAUAUUAAACAGAGUGCUCUGGAGUAUUUUGUUUAUACAAUUAGAGACAGGAGAGAGAGGAGAAAGCUCCUGCGUUUCGCCCAGAAACAUUACACGCCUUCAGAGAAUUUUAUCUGGGGGCCGCCGAAGAAAGAACAGUCAGACGGGGGAGGCAAAGCCCAGAAAAUGCCUGCCCCUCCCACCUCCGGUCACAUCAGUCAAACUUCUAUGCACAAAAAAUCCAAGGACUCCAAAAAUUCCUCCUCAGCUGUUCAUUUAAAUGGCAAAACAGCCGAAGAAAAAAAAGCGGCACCUGGAGGGCCUGGAGAGGAGAGAGACAGGCCCAGUGCAGAGCCCAGCGGUGAAACUACCAAGCCGAGAAACACAGAGGACAGUAAUGGCGAAAAUUCAAAUUCUGAACCGGAAAAAACAGUCACCAGUCCCACUGAGCAGAAGGAGAGUACAGCUUCUCCUGAAAAAGAGGAGGACGGUGACAGUCAUAGCAAAGACUGUGAAGAUCCUGGAACUGCAGGUGCUCCCGAUGAUGGACAAUCACAGUGAAUUAUCAGAGAACCCACACCCCAGCUUAGGUAAGGGAGGAGGAACUGUAUAGGGUCUCCUGAAGAACGGAGGGCACAUUGCAGAUUUUCCCCAUCUGUUUUUGAUUUCUGUUGUCAACUUUUUUUUGCUGGUUUUUCAUUUUGGAUGACAAUGAAUUCAAUCUUUAGUAAGAAGUUUUAAGCAAGACCCAAUAAACGAAUGUAUUCUGUAAUGCUUUUAGGAUGUGACUUUUCAAAUUCUGUACCUAAUGAUUGCUUUUAAGUGAUUUUCAGUGUAUCUGGGAAUAAUCAUGUAGUAUUUGAUGUAUCAAAUAAAUUCCUUGGGAGAUUACAGUCUACAUAAAGAAAAGCAAGAGGAUGAAUUUCGUCCUGUUGCCAUGCUUUUUGCCAAUUUAUGGAUUUAUUUCUUAAGCUGGAAAAACAAUUUGGUCAUUUCAGAUAUAUUCAUAGAGUAAUUUGGACUCAUCAUUACAACACCUUAAUAUGUUUAUUUUUAAAUUCUGGUACGUGAGAUUUAUAUUCUUGGGGAGCUAUAAUCUCCCAGCCCAUUUCUUGUCCUCACUGCCCUUUCCUGUUUCCCUCUCUCUGCACUUGCCCUCAUUUGCCAUCUUUGUCAGCCAGAAUGUGUGUUUCUUGGGUACGUUCAGGUGAUCCCCUGUACUGAAAUUUAAAUGGAACAGAAAGGCACUUUUCAACUGUAUGAUCAUCAAGAAUUUGCUUUUUUAAAUUAAUAAAAAUGUCUUUCUAUGUUAAAUGCUUAAAAACUAAUUUUGAUGCAAAAGUCCAAGAGAAGGAUUUUGCUUUUAUGGCUGUUCCAUAUAAAUUUGGUGCUUGUGUCUAAAUGCAAAUGACUAAAGAAUUAAAAAAUAAGAAAAGAAAUUACUCAUUUUUAAACGGCAUGCUUCUUACGCUGUCAACAAGGUAGUGGUCCCUAAUCCUUGACUAUCUCAGUGUUCUGUGGGCUAUGAAAUUAAUAAUAGUACUUAGUCCAGAGUAUCUUAAAAAAAAAAAUUUGUUGUAUCUCUAAGUUGUGAAACCUCGAAAUUGAGAAUAGAUUUGAAAUUCCAUAUCCUCAGGUUUAGCAAGCACUUGAUGUUUUGAUACUGGUUAAGAGGAAGUAAUUUUAUUUCCUCUACUACUAUUAUUAAUUAGUAUUACAAAUCAGAAAAUAAUCAGAAAUGCUGUGGUGAGAACUUCAAAGCAUACGUACAAAUAUAGUUAAAGCAAUUAAUAGAAAAAAGUUCACUUUCAUUUAGAGCAGAAUUGGCUUUUGUAUAUCUCUUGCGCUUUUAGAUUCACUUUAACCACCAGAGAAUUUUUACUAUGUUCUAAUUGUUAGUCAUAACAUACCAUCUUCUGUUACCUUUAUGAUCAGGGGAUUUCCAGCCAAAGAUUUCUAGAGAAUAUAUCAACAGUAUGCCUUUAGAAAUACUUUAUUGCUUUGAAGUUUACAUGAAACAUCACAUUUGCUCAAACUUGACUUUUUAAAUAUGAAUAUUAGAAACAAUUUGUAUAUCAUAUUCCAAUUAAUCUAGAGUAUUUUCUCAUUUUUGGUUCCCAUAACAUCCCAAUUUUUGCUUUCUAUUGUUUGUGAAGUGAACAUAAAGAUUUGGGGAAACAAUUCUGCUUUUGCAUUUCGGUUUCGUUUUUGUAUGGACCCUCUAAUGUGGUGCUUGUAGCAAUGUCCCCAUAGAGAUGAUAAACAGUUUUCAGAGUUAGACGGUGAGAGUAGUUGUCACAUUGAACUGAAUUGUAGGAACAUGAUUAAUUCAAAAUAUCUUACCAAAUCUGAAUACAUGAUAAAGCGUUCAGACUGCUUUCUAUGUGUAUACUGCUAAAAAUUUGUGAUCAGAUAUUAAAAUAUUUAAAGAACAGUGGACAGAGACAAAAAUAAAUGGAUAUAAUCUGAAUGUCUUGGAAACUGUAGUGUAUCAGAGCCCUUACAGGUAAAACAUUUCAUUCAACAAUUUAACUUUUAGAAUAUUAUUCCUAAUUAGGGGUUUGAUUAGAUUAUGCCAAUUAAUUGGAGAAGAUUUAGUCUCAAGGGAAAAACUGCCUGGCUUCCAUUUAAAACAGUGGCCUUUUCCCACUAUUAUUUUUAAGAUCCAUAUUCAUAUGUAACAGUAUAAUUCCUCCAUUUAAUCUGCAAAUAUUUUAUGAGAGAAUUCUUCAGUAGAGAACAAGUGAGGAGAUGUCAUUCCUUUUGCAAAUAAAAACUGAGUGUCUAAAAUUUUUUUUCUAUAAAGAAUACUUUGUACAAUUAAUAGUUUUUUAAAUAAGAUCUAUAGAUACGUAUUUAUGUGGGUCUUAAAUAUGAAACAGCCCUCUGGGUUUGACGCUGAUAUUUUGUAUUUUGAAAAACUACCAUAUGCUUGCAGAAAUUUAUUGAGAAGCUGUUUUAAAAAUGCAAUGAAGCAUGGCCAAAUAGCUAGAAACAUUAUUGAAUCUUUCCAAAUAUAUAGACUUUAUUAUUGUACCUUGGACUGCGAGGAUAUAAACAUUGGCUAUUGAUAAAAUAUUAAAUUGCAUUUCAUGGCAAAUAGAUGUUAUAUCGCUUGGUUAGUCUAGUACAUUUCUAAUAUUUUGUGCUUUCAUAUCUCUAAGGGGAUAAUAUAUGUGAAAGUAUUUUGAAAUACUGUAAAGUGAUAUAUAAUUAUAAGAUAUAUUUCUGUACAGUAGAGAAAAGUUUAUAACAUUAAGAAUAUUGUAUCAUUAUACAGUUUCAUGCUCAAUCUCAUAAGGAACUCAGAAGAAUCAUGAUAGAAGUGAAAAUGUGUCUGCUUUCUCUAAAUCAGGUCUAGUUCUCAGUUCAAAAAUUAUUUUGUAUAGUUUUAUUUUAAAUUUAGGUUUUGAGACUACUUUUUUCAGCUUCAAGUAGAAAAUAAAAUAUACAACUCAGGAGUUACUAGAGAAGUUCUAAGAUUUUUUUGCUAAGUAUUAAAAAUAUAAAUAUAUGAAAAUGUCAUUUAACACCUAUCAUUAUCAUUAUGUUUCAUGUUUUGUUGUAUAGAAUUACCUACUUUGCUUCUA